AUGACAGGGCUAAGAGAGGGGUCAGCCUUCAGAAGCUACAUGCGUCGUAAAAGCUUCACGUCUCUAGGGCCUGUACUGGAAAGGCAAAUGACUUCAUCAAGGGUGAAGAAUUUGAUAAGGCCGCGAGCAUUUAGCACCGUGAGUCUGAAAAGAAGAAAAAGGAAAAGCAAAGAAAGGAGAAUCUGUGAGAGUGAUCGCGGCCGAGAUGAAAGAAGGCAAGAAUCAAAUGUGGUCAAAAGAGGUAGUGACCGUGAAAGGUGUGAUCGUGAAAGGGGGGACCAUGAAAGAUAUGACCGUGAAAGAAGCGGCCGUGAGAAGAGCGGUCGGGAGAGGAGUGAACGCAAGGAGAAAUUUGAUUCGUACACUCAACUGACCACCUCUAGGAGUCAGAUAUACUUGAUGAAUAAAGAUAGUGACAAGUGGCAGCGACCAAAGCAAAUGUUCCAUAAAAACCGCGACAAGACCAAGUGGUGUGAUUUCCAUGGGGAUCACAGACAUUUGACCGAAGAUUGUCGGCAUCUGAAGGAUAAUUUGGAAGAUUUAUUGAGAAGAGGGUAUUUUAGCCAAUAUAAGGCUCAAACUCGGAACAGAGACUUGGUCAAGCCAGCCAACCAGAAUGUUCAAUCGCGGAUCAGUGAGAUCCAUUUGAUUAGUGGUGGUCCGAUUAAUGGAGGGAGUGAGUGUGAAUGA